AUGACGCAAAUCCCACCACUCCCCGUCGAGAUUCAACAUCUUAUCAUGAGCUACCUGCCACCAAAAUCACUUUUCAAAACGGCCCUUGCCAGCAGGCAAACCUGGGAGCUCGUGAAGAAUUGUCGACUCAAAUACUUUGAAGAACUGCUGAUCCUCAGAGACACUUCCGUUUCCCUUGUGCCCACGGCAAACGGUUGGGAAAUUGAGGUCUUACACAUCGAAGCUCCCCAGACCCUUCAGAUGCUGUUCACUCACGCCACCCUCGAAAGACUCCGACUUUGCAGCGAUUUUUACUUCACGGGCAUGAAGGCAAGGAACCUGGAAAUCGAUACAGAUCACACGAGGCCGGAUGUUGAUCUCUUGCAAAUAUUUCAUCCGAUCGGGAAGUAUAAUUCGAUCCGCGUGGCCGGACUCGAAAAUCCGAGCCUGGAAUUCAUCGAAUACAUCAAUGAGAAUUCGCGAGGCUUCGUGGUGGAUAGAGUGCCGCAAUUCCAGAGCUACCAGGGGGCAAGGACCGAGUUCCUGGAAUUCCGAGCCCAUCCGGAUGAGGAGCCAGCGGACCGGCUACCUUGUGUCUACAUGCGGGAUUGGGUGGAUGGGAAGCGUGACUUUACACGAUGUCGAUUCAUCGGAUGGCCAUACGAGAUUAUGAUGGAUAUGAUAAUGCUACAAGUCGAACUUGAGGAAGAGGCCGUGUUCUACCCGAAGCCAAGGCAGCGAUUACCAUUGCUACGCAUCGGCAGUAAGGACGGAGAAUGUCACGUCGAAAUCGAUACCCUCGCCGAGUACUCGUCGCACCGGAUGCCGAUGCUCGCCCCAAAUCUCCCACCCGAAAUCCUCCACCAAAUCCUGAGCUAUGUGGACCCGAAGACGUAUUUCAAGAUGGCGUGCACGUGCAAAUACAACUGGAAAGCGGCCACAAUUCGAAGCAAAAGCUGGGACUAUCGCGUGAUCUACCGCCAGGAUUCGGUAACGAUGGUGCACGCAGACGCUGAUCGAGAUCUGCCGAUGAUUCAUAUCGAGGGAACGAAGUGUCUGAAAGUACUCUUCACCAACGCCACCGUCCACACGAUCGUCUGCGAUUGGCCGCGCCUCUCUCCGGGAAUGAAGGCGAAGAACGUCGAGCUAACCCAAGGAUUUGCGCAACCGCAUUUGCUGCUGAUGCUAUUAGCAGCAAUGAAACCACCCGGAAAGUUCGAUUCCAUUCGUGUGUCACAAUAUGAAGACCCGUCCCCAGUUUUCAUCGAAUACGUCAACGAGAAUUCGAAGGGAUUUGUGGCAGAUAUGGUGGUGAAUUGCUGGAAGUACCAUGAGAUCAACACGGAAAGUAUCGAGUUUCGCGCCGACCCGACGGCCUGGCCCACCUGGGAAUCGCCCAGUCGAUUCAUUGAAGCUUGGCGCUAUGGGGAUCGAGAUUUCCGGCGUUGUCGAUUCGUCGGAUGGUCGCCGGCGGUUGUUUGGCAUGUUCUUAGCAAACUCGAGGACUUGGAUGCUAGGCAGCAAGCUAGACAAGGAAAUGGUCGCCGCGACGGCGAGCCCGGCUCCGCGCCGAUGAUCCGUGCCGGCCGCGUCAACGCGGAUUCCGUGAUCGAAUUCGAUACGACGAAAACGAUUUUGAAGAUUGUAAUGGAGGACCUCGGCGUUGCCCAAGCUUCUUAU